AUGGAUCAACAUGUUGAGGAUGUUCACCAUGGGAUAAAGAUUUGGUCGGAGCAACCGAAAGCCAUUACAAUUGAAGACAUCAGGCUAUAUUGCCAUAAGUUACAGACACAUGCAAUGCUUCACGAAGAGGGUGAAUACAGUACCAGCAACAAUAACCAAGGAUGGCAGAAGGUCACCUAUGCGAAACGCCAGAGAAAGAACUCGGCGAAGAACUCAGAUGCAGGUUUCGAUCUGGGAAAAUUCCAUUUGAAUGGAUCCGUAGGAGGCGAAAAGUCUAACGUUUUUCAGUCUAUUGAACAAAAAUCAGAAGAACGCCGUAGAGCCCUAGAAGUUCAGAAGGCUGCUGCUGCUGCUGUUGCUUCUGCGGGCGCGGUUGUUCCCAGAUCGAAACACCAUUUUGAUGAUGAUGGGGACGAUAGCGAUGUUGAAGCAUCCGGUGGUGUUGAGAAUGGGACCGUUGAGGCUAAGAAGCCUAAGGCGCCCAAGAUCACUGUGGCCGAUGCGGCUUCCAAGAUCGAUGCUUCUCAUCUCAACGCUUACCUCAUUGAUGCUACAGCAUCGUAUGAAUCACAGCAGGAUAUCCAGCUCAUGCGUUUUGCCGAUUACUUCGGUCGUGCCUUCUCUGGGGUGAGCGCAGCCCAGUUCCCGUGGACGAAGAUUUUCAAGGAGUCCCCGGUUGCAAAGAUCGUCGAUAUACCCCUCUCUCACAUUUCUGAGGCUGUUUAUAAGACGUCAACUGACUGGAUCAACCAACGAUCUUCUGAUGCUCUUGUUGUUUUCGUUUUGUGGUCAUUGGAUAGCAUUCUAGUUGACCUAGCAAUUCACCAAGGUCCUACUAAGGGCUCCAAAAAGGUUUUGCCCAAGACUCCAAAAUUUCCCAUAAUUGAAUGAUCCGCACAUUAAUUGUUGGGUUUUGAUGUUAUUUGACAGUCAAAAACUCGGUUCAGUGUGGAUUAAAUGAUUUUGAUAAA